GUAUUCCUAGUCCCUGAAGGUAACUGUUUAGUUCCAAGUUACAAGCAACCGUAAUCAUGCCUGUAAGUUCAAAUUUUAGGAAAUGGAUCACAGGAUUUGGUGCAAUAAGUAGUGCUGUUUUUUUUCAUCCAAAUGAUAAUGAUAAUAAUGAGGUACCACAAGAAGAUAAUCCUUGGAUGCCACUCUCAUCAUCUUGGGCUAAAUGGAAUCAUAAUUGGGAUAGAAGAGAUCCAAAAAGUUUAAUAAACCCAAAGAAAGCAGGCAGUGGGAUUGAUGAAAAUACAUACAACAAAGAAUUAAUACAUAAAACAUCAAAAGCAAUAUGUCACAUCAUUUUGAUUCGUCAUGGACAAUAUAAUACAAAAGCCAAAACAGAGGCAGAAGGAACACUUACAGAUCUAGGCAGACAACAGGCUGAGAUAACAGGAAAGAGAUUACAGGAAUUGGGAUUUCCAUAUAAUUCACUUAUACAUUCAACUAUGAUUCGAGCACAGGAGACUGCUGAAAUUAUACAGAAAAAUCUUAAGAAUGUAGAAGUAAAGAAUGAUUCACUUCUUAAUGAAGGUGCACCAAUUCAACCUGAGCCAAUGAUCCAUUGGAGGCCUGAAGUAAAUUUUUUUAGAGAUGGACCGAGAAUAGAAGCGGCAUUUAGGAAAUAUUUUCAUCGCGCAGAUCCUAGCCAAGAGAAAGAUUCUUAUACAAUUCUUGUUUGCCAUGCAAAUGUCAUUAGAUAUUUUGUAUGCCGAGCUCUACAAUUUCCACCACAAAGUUGGUUCCGUCUAAGUUUAAGCCAUGCGAGUAUUACAUGGAUCACCAUUUACCCUGAUGGCAUUGUAACAUUAUGGAUUUUUGGUGAUACAGCUCAUAUGAAACCACAAUUUAUUUCAUAAUUAAAAUACAAUAUAAAGUAUUUUCAAUGUA